GGUAAACCGCCCAAGGGCAGGAGGCUAGAACGCUGCCUGUCCCUACGGUGGCGGCAGGCGGCGCUAACCUUUGACCUAUCGGAAGUGAUUGCGAGGCAGCUGGCCCGGAACAGGGGGCCCUGCGAGCAGGGAGCGGAGGCAGCGAAGCUGACACAAACCAUCUUACUGUGAAAGCUGCUGUCGCAAAGCAAUAAACAUUUAAUAAAGAGAGAAUGGAUGGAGAAGAGAAAACAUACGGUGGGUGUGAAGGCCCUGAUGCUAUGUAUGUGAAGUUGAUAUCCUCUGAUGGUCAUGAGUUUAUUGUAAAAAGAGAGCAUGCGUUAACAUCAGGAACAAUAAAAGCUAUGUUGAGUGGUCCAGGUCAGUUUGCUGAAAAUGAAACAAAUGAGGUGAAUUUUAGAGAGAUUCCAUCCCAUGUCCUAUCCAAAGUAUGCAUGUAUUUCACCUACAAGGUUCGCUACACUAACAGCUCCACGGAGAUUCCUGAAUUCCCAAUUGCACCUGAAAUUGCACUGGAACUGCUGAUGGCUGCAAACUUCUUAGAUUGUUAAAUAAAAUAAAUUAUAAUAAAAAUGUAAAACUUUUUUCAGUAUUUAAUACCUGUAGUUCAGUUAGUAACUUUUUUCAUAUAGCAUGCUGCGUAUGUGCGGUUGAGAACUGUAAAGUUCACUGCAGAGGCAAUUAUCUUCAGAUCUGUUGCAUAGCAAGCAUUCAAUUUUAUAUUUGUUUUGCUGCUUACACAAAUAAGGCCCUUUUCACAAACAGACGAAUGAAUAAAUAAAUAUGCCAAUUAGUAGAUGGCUAUGCCUUAUCCUUUAGGUGUGGCAGAACUUUCUUUUAAUGCAAUGAUCCUUUAAAAUACUGGAGUUUAAGCCAGUGCUACUUAAAAGCUAAUAUUAGCUAAAUGUGUAGGUGUUUAGCAUUUCUAACUUUCUCUUAUUGUUGCAAUUUCUAAAUCUCUGAACUUUAUCACCUUACAGGGUAAUUGUCCCUUUAGCAUAGUUAUAACUUUAGUUAUAUCAGCACUUGCAUUAUAAAUCCCCUUUUCAAGGAUUUGUAAACUGGCAUAAACAUUCACGUUGGGCUGAAAACAGUAUCUAGGAUAACUUUUUAUGGUUUUUAUUAAAAUUUAGCUAUGGUUUUAGAAAUGGAAAAGUAUACCCGAUUUAUUUUUUAGUCAUAACUUAACUCACCCCUCUGAACAAUUUAAAAUGUUCA